AACACAUCAAUAGUGUGAAACGAUUUGUAUUUUUUUUAGACAAGACGUUUGACCUCAAACUCCAGGCCAGCCACAAAAUGUUUAAUUUCAAGUGUAGAAAUCUUCCUGGGCCUUCAUCCCCAAUAGUCUUGGGUUUAUCAUCGUCAUCACCUCUACCGGAAUUGAAAAGUGAUGAAUUGUCUCCAGGUUUAAGAACAGUUGCUAUGAGGAGGCAAGCUGACUUCAUGCUGGCUAUGAAUGCUAUGCGUAAAAACAAGCAGUUAUGCGAUGUACAAUUGAUAUUAGAAGGCAAACCUAUUUCAGCUCAUAGGGUGGUCCUGUCUGCAUGCAGCGCAUUUUUCCAUGCUAUGUUUACGUCAAAGUAUACCGAAUCCAAGACUGCCGAGGUUGAACUAAAAGAAGUGGAUUUAGCAACAAUGGAAUUGCUUGUUGAGUUCGCGUACACCGGGGACGUGGAUCUCACUUCGGAGAACGUCCAAGCAAUAAUGUCUGCUGCAAACCGGUUCCAGAUUACGCAAGUGAAAAAUCAGUGUGCUGAUUUUUUACGUCAAGAAUUGAGUCCUGAAAACUGUCUUGGAAUUCGGGACUUUGCAAAUUUCUUGAACUGUACAGAAUUGUAUUCUGAAGCUGUUAAAUUUUCCUAUGAGAGUUUUACCGAUGUUUCAAAAUGUGAGGAGUUCCUUGAUUUGAGUAUGGAGCAGGUCACUGAGUAUCUUUCGAAAGACGAGCUGGUAGUAAGAUGUGAAGAUGAAGUCUUUGACGCUGCGGUAAACUGGAUAAAGCACAGAAAGGACAAACGAAUGCAAUUACGCACUGAAAUAUUUGCUAAAAUUCGUUUCCCAUUGAUCACUCGGAACUAUUUAAGCACGGUCGUGGAGGAAGACGAAACCAUGCAAGAUGACACAGUGUGUUUGAAAAUGCUUGUGAAUGGAAUGAAACAUCACUUGUUGGACCGAACUGAUCGGGAUAAAAUAACAGCCACACCAGUCAAACCAAGAGCGAAGAAAUUUGACUGGCAGAUUGCCGUGUUCGGAGGUUCUGAGAGUGACACAUGUCAGUUCUUCAACACCCACUCUAGAGCCUGGAAGUCGAUUCCAAGUAUGCCUGAGAAACGGAGGGACCAUGCCGUGGCCUGCAUUGAUAAUAUCGUUUAUAUUGUUGGAGGGUCAUAUUUAUUUCCAUUGACACGUGUUGACUGUUACAAUGUAGCCACAAAGACUUAUUUUUCACUGGCUGAGAAAUUUGAGUCAGCGCGAGAUUGUCUUGCUGCAUGUGCGUGUAAAGGACUGCUGUAUAUAACUGGAGGCAGCCAAAGUCAUGGAAGUACAGCUCUGAAAGCAACAGACUGCUAUGAUCCUAAACUUAAAACAUGGACCUCAAGACAGCCCAUGUUUUAUGCUAGAUUUGACCAUGCUAUGGUGGAAUACAAUGGUUGGUUGUAUGUCUGUGGUGGGGGUAGCGGUGGUGGUUGUAAUGGUCGACCUCUGAAGAGCUGUGAGAAAUUCUACAGUGGACCAAACCUGCUGAUGAACAAUCGAUGGGCGGAGAUUGCACCAAUGCAGGUUCCACGCCGUGGUUUAGGUUUGGCUGUCACCAAUGGCCUGAUUUAUGCUAUUGGAGGAUACGACGAACACGGGACACACGAUUCGGUGGAAUGCUAUGAUCCAAAGCUAAACAGCUGGAAAAUGGUUGCUAAGUUACCGUGGAAACUCAGAAACAUCAAGUGUGCCGUGAUUAACAACGAUGUCUUCAUCAUCGCUGCGCAUCGUGAUGUUGGUAGAUUAGGGCAGGUGUUGGAGUACAAAACAAAGGAAGAUCGCUGGAUAUUUCACUAUAAUACAAGGGCUUUCCCUGUCUGUAAUAUUGGUGUCACCAUAGUGGAUGCAUGUGCAGUAGAGUAG